CAACUUCCUCCCACUCAUGCCCAGUUUCUUGCCACUCAAACGAAAACAUGAGGAGACACACGAAUCUAGCAGGAAGCGGCCGGCAAUUGAUACUGGUAGUCAUUACUGGAUGGUGCAAUGGCGGAAUUUUCAAGCCAAAAAGCACAAGACCUGGGAUGGCGAUGGAGUUCUCGUUGUGGAUGAGAACAAGACUACUCUCUAUGACUCGGAGGGGAAGGUGCUCGGGAAUGGGAAACGUGAUCCGCCAUACACGCAAGGAAGGAAUCUCUCCAUCUCUGGGAAGGACGUUGAACUAGACCGCUCCAUCACUCGCCAGGAAUUCAUAUCCGGAACGUGCUUUGGCGAUUCAGCAGCGUUGACUUCGACCUUGCCGACUUCAACAAAGACCGCUGCGAAACAGUUCCGACCAUUGACAUUGAACACUCCGCAACGUGUAAACCAUCCCGGAGUCGUUUCUCUCCAACCUGUUGACCUUCUCUCCACCUCCGUCACGCCAGAAAAGGUGCGAGACGUGCCUGUCAAAUUGGAGGCACCACAAGACUCGUUCUGGACAGCAAACUGGCGGAAACCCAACCAAAACAAGAAGCACAAGACAUGGGAUGGAGACGCGUUUGUAUCACAGACGGGUGGGAAACUGACCAUGGUUUCGGAGGAGGGCAAAGUCAUGGGCAGUACGCCGUGGAAGGGAGAGCUGCUCUAUGGCGGGUACCAUCUCUACAUCGCGGGCAAGGAGGUCGAACUCGAUUGCCAAGUUACACAAGAGGACAUGCCCAAUGUCGGUGGUGGCAUAACAACGGACGACACGCCUUCAGUCCCGGAGAUUGUAAAGGAAGCCGAGGACAAGAGCCUGUCCAGUCCUGCAUCUGUCAAGCCGAAGUUCAUCGCGCCCCAAUCUUUUUACGGACCAGCACCAGCCACCAAGGCCAGGCCUAAGGGUCCUCUACACGAUCCUGGUGCGGACGGAGCCAUCGUCUUCAAAGCACCAAGCAAAGACCAUGCUACCCGCUUCAAUCCCAAGAAUGCCCCAGUCGUUGCGGUGGUGCUUGACCCGAUGCUCGCACCACGACUACGUCCUCAUCAAAUUGAAGGGAUCAAAUUCAUGUACGAAUGUGUAAUGGGCUUGCGGAAACACGAAGGUCAGGGCUGCAUCUUGGCAGAUGAAAUGGGGUUGGGAAAGACACUCCAAACUAUUUCUCUGAUCUGGACGCUGCUUAAGCAGAACCCUUAUGCCGAUGGGUUCCCGGCUGUUGGGCGGGUGCUGGUUGUGUGUCCUGUGUCUCUCAUCACCGUAAGGGUCAGAGCUCUUUCGCGGAUGGUUUACGAAUACCUUGUCCAGAACUGGAAGAACGAGUUCCAGAAAUGGCUUGGCCGAGACCGACUGGGUGUUGUCACGUGUGAUAAGGACAAGAAGGUGGUCAAGACUUUUCAGAAUGCACGGACACAGCAUGUGCUCAUUAUAGGUUAUGAGCGUCUGCGGACUGUCAUAGCUGAACUUGCUUCUUGCCAAGCUCAGGCGGACUUUUGCAACCCAGGACUACUCGAGAACUAUCAGACAUUCCGCCGUGUCUACGAAAUGCCCAUCUUGGCAAGCCGGGCGCCAGAAAGUUCGGCCAAGGAGCGUGAGCUGGGUGAAGCUCGAAUGAAGCAGCUUCUUGCUGUAGCGAAGAGCUUUGUUCUUCGCCGUGAAGCGAUCUUGCUCCAGAAUUAUCUUCCUCCAAAGCACGAAUAUGUUGUCUUCGUGACACCGACUCCUCUGCAACUAUCUAUUUUUUCGAAGAUUCUCAACCCGGACAAGCUGGAUGAUCUGGCGCAGAGCUCAACAGCGGAAUCCCUUGCUCUGAUCAACAUGCUGACCAAGAUCAGUAGUAGUCCCAUCCUGCUCAAAGCGACGGUGGACAAACAUGCGGCAUCGGGCUCCGAUUCACGCACGGUGGUGAAACGUGCCGGUGUUCAGGAUGCCGUCGAUCUGCUCCCACAGAAUUGUCAGAUCGAGGAUACGUCUCUGAGCGGCAAGUUGACGGCGUUGGCGCAACUGCUGAAACAGAUUCACGACACGACCGACGAGAAAUGUGUCUUGGUCUCCCAUUACACCUCGACUCUGAACAUUCUGGAGGCGUUUUGCAAAGCGAAGCGUUAUUCGUAUCACAGAUUGGACGGUCAAACUCCUGCGCUGAAACGACAAGAAUACGUCAACACGUUCAAUAAAUCGACCCAGCGAAGCAGUUUCGUGUUUCUGUUGAGCUCCAAGGCCGGGGGAGUUGGUAUCAACUUGAUUGGAGCAUCGCGACUGUGUCUGGUUGAUUCCGACUGGAACCCCAGUCAUGACCUGCAAUCGAUGGCUCGAUGCCACCGAGAUGGCCAAAAACGACCAGUGUUUAUCUAUCGACUUUUGACCGCCGGGACCAUCGACGAAAAGAUCUAUCAGCGCCAGGUGACCAAGCUGGGGCUCAGCAAUUGCAAGUCCGUUCCGUUCAUUGCCUCUGGCGACUCAUCGAAGAGUGAUUCUUUUAGCCGGAAAGAUCUCCGCGACAUCUUCCGAAUCCAUCCCAAUACGAUCUGCAACACUCACGAUCUGCUCGGCUGCCCUUGCGACGGAAAGGGCAAAUCAAAAGCCCAGGACGACGGAUUGGACGACGAUUUGGCGGGGGAUGGCAGUGACGCGGAGUCGGACAGUGAUGUGGAGAGCAAGGGUUUCGUGAACGCAUCUUGCAUCCAACCUGAGGACAUGACCAAGAUGGAUCGGGCAUAUCUGGAGAAGAAGCGAGCGGGCCUGGCUGCCCUAGGGCAGUGGAAGCACAUCAACUGCCUGCUCCCCAACAUCCAGCAGGAGAUUCACGAUCCAGUGCUGCGCAAACUGAUCUUUGUGCCGCCGCGGGCAGCAGAUGCUCGUUCUCCGCUGGUCGCAGCGCUCAACUCGAUGGUGACGAUUGGUGAUCUACCAGGGGGCUCGAUUUCAUUCCUAUUCGAGAAGAAUUCGACAGCAGACACGGUCUGA